CAACGACAGGUGUCAUUGAUUUAAGUUGUGUUGUUUGCGUAAAGAAAAAAAAAACGGUUGAGUCAUUCUUAUUUUUGGGAUUCGCGAAUUCUGUUUUGGUUUUUUGGGUUAGAAAACAACUGUAUGUUUGUCAUCGAAAAAAAUUUACAGUUUUUUUUCUCUUGUAUUAAUCGAAUGAUAAAAAAAACAAGGCCAUCGACAUCAAAACAAACAACGAUCCUAUUUAUAAAACAUGAUUAACAUAAAUGAACAACGGCAACAACAACAACAACAACAGCAAAAACAGACCGAAACAAAUGAUAAAGAAGAAAACAUUCGAAAUCGAAUCACAAAAACAACAGCUAUCGACAAUAACGAUAUCAAUAUUGUUGAAUUGAAAAGUGAAAAUAUUGAUCAUAGACAUAGACAUCGAAAUCGAAAUACAAUGCAAUAUUUACCACGUAUUAUAGCCAUUCCAAAUCGAUCUCAAUUAUUGAUCAGAAUAUUGAUCGAUUCAUCUGUUUUGAUAUCAAUAUCGAUACCGAUUCUUCUUCUAUGUACAAUGGGAAAACCAUAUAAACGUGGAUUCUAUUGUGAUGAUGAUAGUAUACGUUAUCCAUUUAUUGAUAGUACUAUACCAAGUAAUAUAUUAUUAUUAUAUUCAAUUUUAAUACCAGUCUUAACUAUCUGUAUCAAUGAAUUUUUAAUCUAUCGUAAAUUUAUGUCCGGUUUUGAUUUAUCAUCAAGAUAUUUUCUUAAAAAUUAUCUUUGGCAAUUAUAUAUACAUUUGAUACCGUUUGCAUUCGCUUUUUUAGGUUCACAAUUAAUUACCGAUAUUGCAAAAUAUAGUAUUGGUCGUUUACGGCCACAUUUUAUUGAUGCAUGUCAUCCAAAAGAUGAUAAAGGAUUUGUUUAUGAUCGUUUUUCAACAUGUUCAACACCAGAUGUUUAUGUUACAGAUUAUAAUUGUACUAAAAAUAAAAAUGAUAACUAUAGACUUAAAGAUUCAAGACUAUCAUUUAUGUCUGGACAUUCAUCAUUUUCUGCCGUUACAUUAAUGUAUUUGGUUUAUUAUAUACAAUUUCGUUUUCAAUGGCGAAAUAUUGGCCUUUUUAAACCAUUAUAUCAAUAUCUACUAAUUUGUUUGAUAUUUUAUACUGGUUUUACGCGUAUUUCCGAUUAUAAACAUCAUUGGAGUGAUGUAUUAGUCGGUAUUAUUCAAGGUACAAUUGUAGCUACUAUUUGUGCUUUUUUCGUAUCGGAUCUGAAAACUAUUCGAUCAUCAUCAUCAAUGUCUAUACGAAAUAAUAAUCAACAUAAUAAUAAUGAUCGUCCUAAUAAUAUUAUUAUACAAUCAGCUAGUAGUAUGGAUGAAAGAACUAAUCCAUUAGAUGAUGAUGAUGAUGGUGGUAUAAUUUCAGAUAAAACAACAUUACGACAUGAUGAUGAUCCUGAAUCAAAUUUUUAAUCAAAUCACAACAAAAAAACAAAACGAAAUAGCUCACCAAAUCUAUCUUAAAAUUGAAUUCAAAACAUA